AUGGUCUUGACAUUGCGAACGGCCCGACGCUCGCUGGUCUCGUGCCUCAAGUAUGCGCGUGCAUCCUACUCGACAAGACCUCAGGUGUUGCUAAUGGAUGAAGUACAAUUGGCAAAGAAGGAUUUGGAGCGUCUCACAGCACACACGGAGUUGCUGUACAAUCACACGAAAUCGCGUGAAGAGCUCAUACAAGCAUUUGCUCCGGGAGGUCCAUUCGCAAAUGUGCGUGGCAUGUAUCGACAUUUUGGUGGCGCAAGAUCAAUUCGUAUUUCUGGUCGCUUUGACCCUGAGCUUGUCAGAGCGCUGCCUGAUUCGUUGAAGUUCAUUGUGCACAAUGGAUCAGGCUACGAUCAGCUUGAUAUUCCUGCACUUACCGAACGUGGGAUUCAAGUGGCCAACGUGCCGACCGUGGUCAAUGAGGCCACCGCAGACACGGCGCUCUUUUUGCUCCUUGGAGCCCUGCGCCAGUUUCCACGAGCUAUUGGGCAAAUGCAGGCGGGAAAAUUUAAUUCACAGUUUUCGUUCCGAGACGCCAGUGAUCCAGAAGGACUAACGCUUGGUAUUGUUGGUGCGGGCGGAAUUGGGCGUACUCUUGCACGUAAGGCUGCGCAUGCCUUAGGUAUGCAUAUUGUGUAUCACAACCGGACACGGCUAAGUGAGGAGCUUGAAAUGCAAGGUAUGCCAGAGGGGAAACGCAUGGAGUAUGCGCUCUCGCUCGAUUCGCUUUUGGGCCAAAGCGAUGUGGUCAGUCUGCAUUGCCCACUUACCCCACAAACACACCAUCUUAUUGGUGCCGCGCAGUUGGCGCGUAUGCCAUCGCAUGCUAUUUUGAUUAACACGGCACGCGGCCCUAUUGUAGACGAAGCCGCGCUUGUCGAUGCUCUUGAUCGGGGCGUAAUUGCCGGAGCAGGACUCGAUGUGUACGAAAAAGAGCCGGAAAUUCACCCUGGACUCAUGCGUCUAUCUACAAGUAAAGCUUUGCUUUUGCCACAUGUCGGAACGCUUACAUUGCAAACACAAACGGAUAUGGAAGCUGUGUGUCUACGAAACCUGGAACAUGGUUUGCAGACAGGACGUCUUUUGUAUACGGUCAAGGAACAAGAGGGACUUGGCUUGUGUGCACAGAUCUAA